ACUUCUGAUCCUCCUGCCUCUACCUCCCAAGUGCUGGGAUUACAUGUAUACACCACCAUACAUACCCAGUUUAUGGAGAGCUGGGAAUAGAGUCCAGAGUCUCAUGCAUGUUAGGCAAGCACUCUACAAACUGAGCCACAUACAUCUCCAGCCCAAAUUGGGCUUUCCUGAAGUUGAGAAUUCUCUUCAUUAGAAGACACUUAUGACAGGCCAGAAAGGCAACAGAGUAAGAAAUGAAACUGUUGGCAUGUAACGCAGACAGGCCCCAUAGCCAGAGUAGGGAAAUGAAUGCAAAUCAGUAGAAAAAGACAACCCAGUAAAAACUAACCAAAGGCUUAUGCAGACAUUUCAGAAACCCAGGGCUCUUUUGAUGGCCUGGUGAGUAUAUGGAAAGUUGCAGACUUGUCAGUUGUCAGAGAAAUCAAAAGGCAAAUUGAACCAUCAGCACACAGUCAUAAGUCUAGACAGAUCUUUAUAAACCGAAUGGCAGGGCUCUGACUCCCACAGAUUGUUCUCUUAACUUCAUCCGUGCUGUGGCACCUGCCCCCAAUAAAUGCUUUUUUUUUUUUUUUUUUUAAACAGAAUGUCGAGUGAUAGGAUACAAAGCAGCUGAGGCUAAUGAGAAUGUGAACUGGCAUUUCCUAAUGCCACCCAUAGUCCCAAAGUUCCCUGCAGUGAGCGCACCCAUCAGAGGAGGAUGGUAGAAUGUUCACACUAGUUCUGUUUAUUAAAGCCACAAACUGGAACAACACAAAUGUCCAUCAACAAUAGACUGGAAUUAGGCGUGGAAGGAAGCAGGAAAGGGGGAAAAAUCUAUAAUCUGAAGCUGCUUAAGUAUCCAGAGUUCCUUCUGCUGUAUCGUGACUUUGUUUUCUUCUUUACUGUUUUAAGGUUAAAAGUUCCAAGAUAGGUAGUUUAAGCUUGUUGGGCGAGAGGGGGCAGGGGUUUGUUUUUGUUUUGUUUUCUAUUACAUAUGAAACAGGGCCAAAGGUGUUAAAUGACUUGCCCAAGCAACAGAGCUUAGUCAGUGGUGGAGUAGAGACACAAACAACAGACCCUAUUUGGCAUCACUGCACCAAACUUUGUGGAGUCAGGUUCAACUACAUUUCCUUGUUGGACUGGCAAAGCAUGAGAAAUCUUAGGUUUCCACCUAACCUGGGGAAUGAGACUCUCUAGCUCCCACUGGCCUCACAGUAGUUGUUCAAAACCUGAUUCUGCCACAGUUCAGGUGUAGGGAAGAGUCAGUAGAUGGAGAAGCGUAGGUAUUCCAUGUGUGCUAGAAUCAAACUCGGCCUCACAAGUGCACUCUGCCACUGAGCCUCCACACGUACCCUCUCUGUGCAAAAGUCAUCUCUCCUCUGAAACGCCCUGGGUCUUGUCUACCUGGAUCUAGGGCUUAUCCUUUACAUUGUCCCUGCAUCCCCGAUUUAUGUGAACUAGGUGGUAUGAAAUGAGACUGCCUCGGUAGGUCAAAAGAAGUCAAGAACAAAUCAUCCCGCAGUAUUUAAAUAUUCCCGCCAACUGAAUGUCUGCUCUGGAGUAGUGCCUGGCAUAUUGGCAUCGAUGAAUCAGUAAGAAGUUGAGGAAAUGUGAUCCUUUCCCCGCGCUCUGAAGUCCACACCCGGUGCCAAGCAGGGGCGCCUUCCCUGCCGUGGCUCUGCUGGGUGGGGCUCGCCUAUCUCCGCUUACGGGCCUCGCCCCUCUGGCGCGAGUUAAUGAGAUUAGCAAUUAAAAGGCGGGCAAGCAGCGGCCAGAGACCAAGCCCUGACAGACACCCAGCGCGGGCCAUGGAGAAAGCACGGCCUCAGUGGGGCAACCCGCUACAGUUCGUGUUCGCCUGCAUCUCCUAUGCUGUGGGCUUGGGCAACGUGUGGCGCUUCCCCUACCUGUGCCAGAUGUACGGCGGAGGGAGUUUCCUGGUCCCCUAUGUCAUCAUGCUCGUUGUAGAGGGGAUGCCACUCUUGUACUUGGAGCUGGCUGUGGGACAACGCAUGCGUCAGGGCAGCAUCGGUGCCUGGAGAACCAUCAGCCCCUACCUCAGUGGUGUCGGUGUUGCUAGUGUGGUGGUCUCCUUCUUCCUUGCCAUGUACUACAAUGUCAUCAAUGCCUGGGGCUUCUGGUAUUUCUUCCACUCCUUCCAGGAUCCCCUGCCGUGGUCUAUUUGCCCACUGAAUGGUAACCGCACAGGCUAUGAUGAGGAGUGUGAAAAGGCUUCAUCAACACAGUACUUCUGGUACAGGAAAACACUCAACAUUUCACCAUCCAUCCAGGAGAAUGGAGGAGUGCAGUGGGAGCCAGCACUGUGCCUCACCCUGGCCUGGCUGAUGGUAUAUCUGUGCAUCCUGAGAGGCACCGAAUCAACUGGCAAGGUGGUCUACUUCACCGCAUCAAUGCCUUACUGUGUACUUAUUAUCUACCUGGUCCGUGGCCUUACACUCCAUGGAGCCACCAAUGGCCUGAUGUACAUGUUCACACCCAAGAUGGAACAGCUAGCCAACCCCAAGGCCUGGAUCAAUGCAGCCACGCAGAUCUUCUUCUCACUGGGCUUGGGGUUUGGCAGUCUGAUUGCUUUUGCCAGCUACAAUGAACCCUCCAACAACUGCCAGAAGCAUGCCAUCAUUGUGUCCAUCAUCAACAGCUCCACCUCCAUAUUUGCCAGCAUUGUGACCUUCUCCAUCUAUGGCUUCAAGGCCACCUUCAACUAUGAAAACUGCUUAAACAAGGUGAUUCUGCUGCUGACCAAUUCUUUUGACCUUGAAGAUGGCUUUCUGACAGCCAGUAACCUGGAGGAGAUGAAGGACUACCUGGCAUCUACCUACCCAAGCAAGUACAGUGAAGUGUUCCCGCACAUUAGAAACUGCAGCUUGGAAUCAGAGCUGAACACGGCUGUCCAGGGCACAGGCCUGGCCUUCAUUGUCUAUACUGAGGCCAUUAAAAACAUGGAAGUGUCCCAGCUGUGGUCAGUGCUCUACUUCUUCAUGCUGCUGAUGCUGGGUAUAGGAAGCAUGCUUGGAAACACAGCGGCCAUCCUUACCCCUCUGACUGACAGCAAGGUCAUCUCCAGCUACCUGCCCAAGGAGGCCAUUUCAGGUCUGGUGUGUCUCAUCAGCUGUGCCAUUGGCAUGGUGUUCACCAUGGAGGCUGGGAACUAUUGGUUUGACAUAUUCAACGACUAUGCAGCCACACUCCUGCUGCUCAUUGUGCUGGUGGAGACCAUAGCUGUAUGCUAUGUAUAUGGGCUAAAGAGAUUUGAAAGUGACCUCCAGGCCAUGACUGGCCGCACCCUCAACUGGUACUGGAAGGCCAUGUGGGCAUUUGUGAGUCCACUGCUCAUCAUCAGCCUCUUUGCCUUUUACCUGAGUGACUAUAUCCUCACGGGAACGCUACAGUACCAAGCCUGGGAUGCCACUCAGGGGCAGCUGGUGACCAAGGAUUACCCCCCACAUGCAUUAGCUGUCAUCGGUUUGCUGGUGGCUUCAUCUACCAUGUGCAUCCCCCUGGUGGCCCUGGGGACUUUCAUCAGGAAUCGCCUCAAGAUGGGAGGCUCGGCCCCAGUGGCCUAAGAAUGGACCUCCCAGAGACCGAAAUCAGCUACUCUCUGUUACUGUCACAGUUACUGCCUGCUGGUGGGAACUCCAUGGCUGGAGUGCUGGUUUGGGGGCCUCCUGAGUCUGUAAGGAGGAUUAGGGAGCUUAGAGAAAGAAGACUGCCUUGGGGAGGGACCACAUCCUUUAGGGGGCCCUCCAUCUUUGCCAUCUAAAAGUCAGACCUUGUAGCCUCCUUGUCAUCAGGAGUUAAGGCCAGUACUGGAGAUCAUUGUUUCCUUGAUUCUAGAAAGUCCUAGAAUUUAAGGUAAACGGUCAUUAGAAACUUGACUGUAACUCUUAGGAGUCAAACAAGCACUUCAGUUUUUUGCUUAAAAGAAAACAAUAUUCUAGAGAGCAAUUACUUUUCAACCAGUGUCAGAGGUUUUUGGAGCACCAAAGGUGACACAGUAGAAUUCUUUUCUUUAAAUAUAAGUAAAUAUAUAAUUUUUGUGUUCCCUGGCUACUCUCUAAAUACUACCAGGAUUUAGUGGCCACUAAGGGAGAGUUUUGCUGGGACUCCAAAGGAGGUCACCUUUCUCAGAAUCUAAGGUUGCUCACAGUGGGCCAGGACUAACCUCUCUACAACUCUAGACCGUACAAGGAAUCUGAACAGAUACAUCAAUCCCUAGGAUUUCAGUGUCAGAUGUAUCCAUAAGGGUACAAGUAAUUUUAACUUUCCUACAAACGUCACUUACAACCACCUUCAUUCACCUCUACAUAAUAAUGUUUUCUAAAAUGUAUAUAAAUCACACAGAGUAGUGUGUAGCUGAAAACACUCCAUAUUUAUGGUUGUUAUUCAUCCAUCAUGUGAAUUUGUCUUUUUUUUUCUUUUUUAUCAUAAUAAAAUGGAUCAAGGUUAUCUA